UAAAUCCAACAUGGCGGCAGCGCCGAAAGGAGGGCAUAUAUACAGUUCACUACAUUAAACAAAGCACUUUUUAUACGUAUAAUGACCGGCAAGUGUUAUGUGGAAACGUUUUUAGGAAACAACAUCGUCAUGGGUUUUUAAUAGAGGUCAAAACACUGCGUGACAACGACACUGGAUUUAGAAAGGCGACAGAAAGUCUACGAAGCGCCCGUCCUGACUCAUCCUCCAAGCAGCGGCCAUGUCUGUGGGAGAGCCCACCUCGGACUCUGCGCCCUUCUUCUCCGAUGACAGCGAGGCGGAGGGUACAGAGGAGCUGGACGGGGCGCCGGGCCAGCGGCCGGACGACCUGUCGCCCAGCGGAGUGUCCAGAGUCAGAUCGGUGCUGACCGUCAGCAUCCUCUGCUACAUCAACCUCCUCAACUACAUGGACAGGUUCACUGUGGCUGGUGUUCUUCCUGACAUUGAGCGGUAUUUCAGGAUUGACGAUGGGAAAUCCGGCUUGCUCCAAACAGUUUUCAUUUGCAGUUACAUGUUCCUGGCUCCGUUUUUCGGCUACUUGGGCGACAGGUACAACAGGAAGCUGAUCAUGAGUGUUGGUAUCAGCUUCUGGUCUCUGGUGACACUCGCCAGCUCCUACACCCCGAAGGAAUAUUUCUGGGCUCUGCUGUUGACGCGCGGCCUGGUCGGCGUCGGGGAGGCCAGCUACUCCACCAUCGCUCCCACCAUCAUCGCUGACCUGUACGUCAAGGAGAAGAGGACCCAGAUGCUCUCCAUCUUCUACUUUGCCAUCCCAGUCGGCAGCGGUCUCGGCUACAUCGUGGGGUCGAAGGUGGAUUACGCAGCAAAGGACUGGCACUGGGCGCUGCGGGUAACUCCCGGCUUGGGGCUGAUCGCCGUGGUCCUGCUGCUGCUGGUGGUCCAGGAGCCCAAGAGAGGAGCGGUGGAGGCCCGACCCGAGCAUCACCUCCACCAGACCAGCUGGGUGGCCGACGUCAAGGCCCUGAGCAAGAACCGCAGCUUCGUGUUGUCCACCUUCGGCUUCACGGCGGUGGCCUUCGUCACCGGCUCUCUGGCGCUCUGGGCUCCGGCUUUCCUCUUCAGAGCCGCCGUCUUCACCGGGGAGAAAUCUCCCUGUGUGCAGGAACCGUGCGACACUUCGGACAGUCUCUACUUUGGCAUCAUCACCUGUGUGACGGGCGUGCUGGGCGUGGCCAGCGGCGUGGAGGCCAGCCGGCGGCUGAGGAAGAGGACGCCCAGGGCCGACCCCCUGGUCUGCGCCACCGGCCUGCUCCUCUCAGCGCCCUUCCUCUACCUGGCCAUCGUCUUCGCCCAGGCCAGCACCAUCGCCACCUAUGUCUUCAUUUUCCUGGGUGAGACCUUCCUGUCGAUGAACUGGGCGAUAGUGGCUGACAUUCUGCUGUACGUGGUGGUUCCCACUCGCCGCUCCACAGCCGAGGCUUUCCAGAUCGUUCUCUCUCACCUGCUUGGAGACGCAGGAAGUCCGUACCUCAUUGGAGUGGUGUCUGACUCCCUGAGGAAGACCGACUCGUACCUCUGGCAGUUCCGCUCGCUGCAGCUCUCGUUGCUGCUCUGCGCCUUCGUGGCGGUGGGGGGCGGAGCUUUCUUCCUGGCCACCGCCCUCUUCAUCGAAGGUGACCGUCAUCGCGCCGAGAACUACGCCCCUUCAGAUGAUGAACCGAUCGCUGUGCCCAAAAGCGGCCGAACCGCCCGGGUGCCAGUUUCCAGUGUUCUGAUUUGACGAGAGAAUCGUGAUGUCACCGCUUCCUGUGGGAGCGCCGCAUCCUGACGGGGCCCCUGCGUUCAGCACGGCCCGAGACGCAGCUGUAUUUUUAGGACUGUGGACAGACUGUUCUUUUUUUUUUUUUUUUUUUUUUUUGUCCCCACGCAGAGGAAUUGUCAAAUAAUUUAUUUUUAAUAUGUUGCCACUGUUGCUUUUUAUAACCUUCCUCUGCCCGGGGAUCUGCCGGCAUUUCAGGAGAAAAGUGUUUAACAUCUCCACGCAUUCUGGUGGACUUUUGUUUUUUGUUUGUCUUCCCUCCCCCGCCCGUUUCAAAUGUGCUUACAAGGGGCUGAUGGGAAUUGUAUGCACAGCAGGUGAGAAGUUGAAAGUGAACACUAGAGACUUUGCGAGGAGAAGCCACGUGUUGUGAAGUUACAGGAGCUCAAUUCAGCACGAGAACACACACACACACACACAGCAGUACAGCCUCAUCAUCAUGAUCUCCAAACAUAAAAAAAAAAACACUUUUCACGUCCCGAGACGCACGCCAAGUUAACCUUUCAGUCAGUCCCAUUUCAAAUGAAUGAACAAGAGGACGGUCUACAUCAUCAUGAGCUUAAGCAUGUACCCAAAGAAGGUCAAUGCACAGUUUGACUUUUAUAUAGAAAAAAAAAAAACCUAAUUAAUCUCUUAUCAUAACCAAGUUAUUGUAUAUUUUGAAUCAGUCUUUUACAGAAACACUAUUCGAGUUGCAGUUUUGUUCAUGCUGGGUGGAAACGACCCAGCAGCCGAGUUUGACUCUAAGAGUGAACAGCAGAAUCCAAGUCUAUCUGUCCGAUUUCGGGAAGGGAAUCCUCUUACCUCGGUUUGGUUUUUAUUUACCCGUUUGUCUUUUUACUUGCAUGGCCGCUGUUUUUAUCCAACUGCUCUUUUUUUUUUUUUUUUUUUUUUUUUUUUUUUUUUUUUUUUUAAAUGUCUCUUCAGCGGUAUUUGGGUCGGACACAACAGGUGGGAAUGUUUCAGGUGUUUUGAAGAGGAAUAGAAGCGCUUGGUUUACGUCCGUCUUGUGGACAGAGUUGGACCAGCCAUGCCUUAAGCACUUCAAAGCUUUGAAACCCUUUUGCAAACUGUUUUUUUUUUUUUUUUUUUUUUUUCCCCUCUGCUCUGUUUGGCUUUUCUUUUCCGGGCUGGAGGUAACGUCACCACCAGAAAGCUAAAUCUGGUUUGACUGUCAGAGGGGAAACUAGUUAGACUUUUUCCCCAGUGAGGACAGUUACCGAACAUCCCGGAAAAAAACCUCCUGUAUUAUAACGGUUAUAAAAAAAAAAAAAAAAAAAAAACUUUUAAAUGAUUGUUAGUAAUGAAACUCGUUUGUUAACCUCUGAACAUUUUAGCUAAUCUUGUUUUCUUUUUUUUUUUGUGAACCAUUAAACGAUGAGAAUUGAACC